AUGAGUUUCCAGCGUUUAAAAUGUGGCGUUGGUAUGUUAUCUAAGCUCGGAUCGACGUUUGCAGUGCUGGGCAUCAGUUUAAGGAAAUGGCUUGGCGUUAGUUCAUUGAAGUCCAAUGGAUCAGGACUGAGUGCACUCAACGGCCGUGAAUUUAGUGUGGCUUUGACCCGAGUUAAAAGGGUACUGAGUUCUUUAUACUUGAGUCGAUGGAAACCGAUAGUUCUGUGUAUCGAUGUUUUUGUUGACUUCACUCCAGCCUCCCAAAGACCCCCGAAGUGA